CGCCUCUACCCCCACCCCCCGGGAGCAGACCCCCGACAGGAGCAACUCGACCCCCCCUGUCAGCAGACUGCGGGCCGGAGCGGGGGGUUCCGCGCCCUGGCGAGGGGGAUCAUGAAGAUGCAGUCCCUAGCCUCCGGCACGGCGGCGCUACGGCUGGCUACUAGGAGGGACUCGGUGGAAUCAACCAAGUCUUCUGUCGCGAGUUCUAAAACUUCGCAUCACACGUCACAUCGGCAUCAUGGACACCAUGGGCAUCACGGACACCAUGGACAUCAUCACGGACACAGGAGAGGCAAACGGCAUCAUUCGUCAUCCGAAGCUGCAUCGGUGGCCGGCAGCGUGCUUGGUUCAGACACCAAGAAGGGGAAACUGCCGCUGUGGCCUGAGUGGAACGACAAUGAUGUCAACUCUGAGAAAUGGGAUGCCUCGCACAAGGGCAAAGACAAGGAGAAGGGCAAGAGCCCAAGUCUGCAUUUCUUUGAGGACCCCGAGGGAAAAGUGGACCUGCCCAUUUCAUUACGGGACAGAGUCAAGGAGUGGAAGAGACCAUUUGAGUUGGUGGGGGAGGGAAAGCCUGCUACAGUGGUAGAAAAAGAGGAUGGCUUUGACCUGGUGGCCAACAGUGCACAUUUACAUGACAGUGAGCUGAUGCGUUGGAUCAUCAGCCAGAUCAUGGCGCUGUGGAAAAUGACGGAGAAUAAGACUCCGCCGACCGACGCGGGGAGCCGUGCGGACCCCAACGUUCCGGACGGGCGCUCAUGGCGACCGUGGGACCACAUCUACUCCCUCUGUAAGGCUGGGAAGGGACCACAUCAGCCACUGUACAACGCACACGGGAAAUAUGUCAUCAAACUCUACUGGAUGGGCUGCUGGCGUAAGCUGAUCGUUGACGACACGUUACCGUUUGACGGGGAGGGAAACAUGCUGCUGCCGUCCACCACCAUUCUGGGCGAGCUGUGGCCAAUGUUACUCACCAAGGCUAUCGUCAAGAUUGUCUCACUAGACUACAAUGGAGGGCUGCAGUCCUGUGAGUUUGGUGAGGCCAGUAUCAUCCACUGUCUGACAGGCUGGCUGCCUGAAACCAUCCCACUACAAUAUGGCCACCAGGACAAGGUGUGGUUGUUGCUGAAGGAUGUUCUCCCAGAGUUCACCCUCCCGGAGCCGCCGCCCCCUGCGGAGCCGGCAGGACAGCAGCCCGACCUGGGCACCAGUGCCGCGUCCGUGGACACCGCCAUCGCGCCCAGCCGGAAAGCCGAGACACGGCAGGAGUCGGAGGCUCUGUCCAGGGUGGACAGUGUGAGGAAGGAUGAUCCAAAGAGUGGGCAGACUAGCAAAGCCGAGAAAGGAGAGAAGGGUGGGAAAGAACAAAAGGAAGACAAGAAAAAGAAAGAAGGUGAAGGGAAGGAUCGGGAGAAAAGUAAGUCAGCGGGUCGGUCGCAUUCUGCAGUUCACUCCGCCAAAGCCACUGAUGCGGACAAUGCGGCUGCACAGGCGUCAGGCCCAGUAGUGCCUGAGAAACCAGAGAUUCUGGUGUUUGUGACCUACACCCACCCACCCAAGGUGCCCAGAGUCUCCGCACUGGGAGAAAUGGCGGAUGCGUCGGAGAAACUUCGGCAGUCGGGCCUGUCCCACAUCCACCCCCACCCCCUGCUGCUGACCCAGACCCGCUCCUGCCCCCUGGUCGCACCCCCUCCCCCCGUCGUCGUCCCCCGCUGGAAAACCAUCCGGCAGAAGAAGAAGAAAUCCCUGCCAACAGAUGAGCCUCAAGAGCCACAAGAGAAGAAGCCAGAGCAGUUCAUUGAAGUGUGUUCCCCGUACAUCAACUACAAAGUCAGCCCCAUUCCCAUCCCCAGUGAUACCCACCGUCCCAAGUCCAUGUUACGGAGAGGAGACACCCGUCCCAGCACUGCCAGCAUGCCUGAGGUGAAUGAGGAUGAGGAAAAUGCUCCAGAAAAACCCAGCGGUCUGGAACAGAACGUAGUGAAGGAACAGGAACCACCUCCUAAACCUGAACCCGAACCAGAGAAGCCUGCCCCAACACCAGCCAAAACUGAAGCUCCACCAGCAGAGAAGAAGGGAGGGAAAGAGAAGGAAAAGGAGAAAAGGCCACUGAGUCGUGCCUCAAGUAACCUGAACAAGGAAGAGGAAAAAAGUCGGAAGGGAAGCGCGUCCACCUCCAAGUCUAAGGAAGCUGAGAAGGACAAAGCCUUGAGUGCCAGCUCAGGGAGCAAGGGGGCCAAAACUAAAGAUGAGAAGACAGAGGACACCACAGUGUUUGACUCAGAGGCUGCUAACGGUGACACAGCAGAGGGAGAGGGGGAGGACAGCCCACCGGUGGAGGAGUCACCGGCUCAGGACCAGCCUCCGCCUCUCAAGGAAGCCUGGAUGGACUUUGAAGACUUCUGCAAAUGCUUCAAGACGUUAUACCUGUUCCACAAGCCCAACACCUACCUGUGUAACCGUACGGUAACCGACAUCAAGGUGGGUCAAGGGUCAGAUCUAAAGAGAGAGCCCUCUCCCACCAAGAAGUCUGGGUUGCAGACUCCUGCGGCUGCCCAACAGUCGACUAUGGCUGCCAACACUCCUAAGGGUGGGGCUAGCCCGGCUCCGCAGCACUCUGUGGUGCAGUUGAUUGAGGAUCAGACUCCAUACUACCUGUUUGUGGACAACCUGCAGCCCACAGAGAUCGUGGUCAGUUUCUCCUCCCUGUCCUUCUGGCGCGAGCAGCCCACCCCUGACCGAUCCUCCCUCACCAACAUCAAGGAGAAGGAUGAGAAGAAAGCUGACGACAGCACGACCGCGAGCAUCGCCGAGGGCGCCAGCACGGGCUCCGUGAACAAGGAGCAGCGUAUCGUUCCGCCGGGUCUGCUGGUGGCAGAGCCAUACUCGUGGAAGAGUCUGGUUACCGGGCAACCGGUGCUGCGGAUACGGUCAACAGCCACACGGGCAGCAGUGCUCACUCUUCCUGAAGGACGCCAUGUCCUGCGGUUUAUAGUGUCUGCUCCUCUGGGUUUCCACAUCCACCUGUGCUCCACGGUUCAGUUUGUGUUUGGGGAGGAGGAACAGGUCAUGCCACACCUCACCAAGGAGAGCUGCAGGUUUGUUGACCAGGCUGUUUCCUUGAUGCAAGCUCUGGGAAGCAUCAUCCACUGCUUCAAUGACCCGGUGGGCCUGGAUGAGGCCAGGAAAAGCCUGGUGAAGGCACACUGUCCCUACCAACCAGACAACGUGGCUGCUAGUCUCCAGCACUUCCAGUUGUUUUACCAGGCCCUGUACGCUGCUUUCCGGACUGCCCUGGAAGGUCAGGUGACUCCGGAGAUCAGCUUUGCGUUCCGAGCGAUGAACAUGGACGCUGCCACGCGGGACAUCCUGGGGCCUGCUCAGGCUAGGACAGAGGGUGCUAAGGAUGUGCCUGAGGCCUGGAACAACAGGGAGCCAACUUUGGAAGAACAUGAUGCUGUGACAAAGAUCCAGUGUCACUGGAGGGGAACAUAUGUGCGCAAACUCAAGAAGGCACAGACUCCUGGUACUGAUGAGAACUCCAAGGCCAGAGAAGAGCUACAGAAAGCUUGGGCUAUCCUGGAACCCAACCUGGAGACCAUCGGACUCACUCUGCUCAAGGACAUGUUUAAGCAGGACCCUGAGCUGAUGACCCGCUAUCCGUUCCACCAGGACGAAUGGAACAAAAUCUCCUACGCCGACUAUCACGGCACCUUUGCAGACCAACCUGCCAACACCUGGUUUGUUGUCUUCAGAGAUGUAUUUUAUGUGGAGGAAGAGUCGUUGGUAGUGCCCAAACUGUACACCCCUGUAACAACGUGUAUGCUGAGGGUGGUGAAUAACGACACACGAGAGGAUGUGCCCAGGGUCUUCCAGCGUGUUGCUCCACAUGUCUACAAGAAGAACAAGACUGGCUACACUUUUGUCGCAGAGGCAAGGGCAGGAGACCUACCGUUGCCUGGCAACAAGUGGCGGAUGCGUCUGAUUGGCUCAUCCAGCCCACUGCCUGCACCGGUGAAGGAGACUCUGACAACAAACUUCGCAGUAAAAGAACUGAGGGACUACUACAUGCCAAAUAAGGACUGCAUCAUGUUCAGGUAUGCAGUGAAAGUGACAGCAGAUCACCUGGUGACCUUGCAGCUGUCGACCUCCAAACCUGACGUGUACAUCCAGCUGCAGGUGCUGGACCACGAGGAGGAGGUCGUGUCAACCCAGGGCAAAGGUCACGCCGUCAUCCCCGCCUUCGUGUUCCAGAAGGACUGGCAGCCGGAGGACAGGCCAAGCAGUCGGCAAUCCCAGACAGCAGCUCCAUCUGGCCCCAUGAAGAAGGCCACCAGUAAGGAGAGUGUGGCGGCAGACAAGAAGAAACGCACCAGCUCAGCUGGCAGCCGAUCUUCACGUGGCAGCCGACAUGCCUCCCCAGUACGGAGUGAUGAUGAUACUGAAGCAAGUAGAAAGCCACACAAGUACAUUCUGCAGGCAGUGGUCCUGAGGAAAAGCUGGCCUCUCUCCACCAGUCAGUGGGCCUUUGUCAACCAGCUGAAGGAACUGGAGAAAACAGAACUCAAAAAACCUGCCGAGUUGGAGUCAGCGGUCAGGUCAGAGGUCAGGUCGGCAUGUAGGUCUGCCUCCAGCAGAGAUGCUGUCCCAGGGAAGGACAGAUCCGUGUCUCCUCCCCGCAGUGAGAAGUCGGCCAUCAGUAAGGCAGGAGGGGGGAAGAAGGGGAAGGAUAAGGACAAGGGGAAGGGGGACAAGGGCGAGAAGGCUGCUUCAAGACCUCCGUCUGUGCAAUUUGACACUACCAAGCCAUACUGGAUGUUGAGGCUUGUGAGUGAUGGCACUGCUGCUGAGGAGCUGGAAGUGAAGAAGGACACGGAACGCCAGGAGGAGAUCAAAGCCAUGAAGCAGGCGUGGGAGGCAGCCGAGCCCGGGCGCGCCGUCAAAGCCAUGCAGUCCCGGCUCCAGUUCCUCAACAAGCGCAGGAAAACGGGAAUGCCAGACAAGGAGAAUGUGUUGGAGGAGGAUACAGCAGGGAGUGUGAUCACGACUGAUGGGGCCAGUGAAGUAACAGCCCAGUCACGUGCAACCCCAGCCCCCUCGGAGAUUGACCAGCCUGUUGUCAGUGAAGUUUUCUCUGUUGAGCCACCAAGACCGCCAACACCAAAGGAUGCCGUUCCACCCGUGGACAGGACGCCAUUCAUUAAGAAAGCGACAGGACCGCCCAAGUUGAUAGAUGAGGAGGAGAUGGUACGGAGGCAGCAGGAGAGGAUGGAGGAGAUCAGGAAGUUCAGGGCGUUCCGUGAAGACGUCUUGGAGCGACGGGAGGCUGACAGGCUGGAGAGGAACCGGCUCAAGGAGAGGCAGCUGCAGGAGUGCGAGGAGAUGCAGGCUGCCUUGGACCGAGCUCGUAACGCCAUUAACACCCCACGGGAAGCCUACAGGCAGAAGUUCCUGGAAGUGGAGAGGAGAAAGCGGGAGGCAGAGGAAGCUGCAGAAGCAGCCAAGAUGGCUGAGAUGGAGAAAUCUCCAUCCCCGAAGGGCAAGGGGAGCGAGAAGGGGAAGAGUGCUGGGAAAAAGGGGAAGAAAUGAUCAAUGUAAAUCUUUACUCUGUGCACAAAUUCUGCUUUAGUUUUAUUCAGAGCACAACUUUAUGUAUGUUCAAUUCAGCACUGAAUUCUUCUGUAUAUAUUUUCUGACAUGAUUAGCUGGUUUAGAAACAGCUAGUUCAAUAGACUGCUAUCACCUAACCAACAUCCCAACAUUGUACAUUUUAAAAUAAAACAGGCUAAAAGUGACAUUUUGUUUUACAGCUAUGAGUGCUGUAGUGGCUGGAAAAUAUGUAUUCCCUGGUUGAUGGUUGUACAAUAAUUGAAUAUUUUAUAAAUUGUUCAAAAUCUCUAAAUGUAAUUUUCUCAGUGUACGAAAUGUAUGAAUAUGGUGUAAACUACUUCAAAUUCAUGAAGAAAUAUGACUGUAUAUUUUUUACCGGUGUGUCCUUUCCCAACUUUUUUGCACAUGAGUGUCAUU